UUGUUUAUUUAGGCUGGACAGAGAGGGGGGAGGGGAGGAAGGAAGCUGCACUGAGGCCGAGCUAUCUUUCUCUGCCCGCACACAACUUCUCAGAUCCAAAGCCGAAAGGAAUCGCGCGAAGCACUUGUCCUAAAUGCUCGCCGCCGCUCGCUCCUGCUCCUGUUACUGCUGCUAGGUUCCGCGGAGAUGCGGGGCGUCAAGGCGGACGGCGGUGGCGGCGCUUCCGCCUCCUCCGGCGCAGAUAGUUUUGAUGCUGGGCAGUAUGCUUUCUUCGGAAGGGAGCCGCACGAAGGGGUCGAGCUAGGUUGCUUGGAGGUUGAUGGUGGCGAUGUCAAUGGUGGUGGAUUCAGCGGAGCGGAAGAUGGGUUGUACCGGCUCUCCUCGGUUGGAGAAGAGAUUGAGAGUUUAAGUAACUUGUCGGACGUUGAUGAUCUUGCAAGCACUUUUGCAAAGUUGAACCGAACUGUUAGUGGAACACGUAAUCCUGGUGUCAUUGGUGACAGAAGAUCCAUUUCAAGAGGAAGUUCUUUUACUGUUGAUUGGGAUGAGGAUGUAGAGUUUCCUAACUGGCAAGAUCAGGAUAUAUUAGAAAAUGAGGAGUUCCAGGAAGGUCAAAAAAGAUGGUGGUCGCAGUCGCAUUCCUUGGUGCAUCAAGGGGACUCCAUGCCAUUGAGCCGAACAUCUUCCUAUCCUCAGCAGCCACUGCAGCAUCGUUCAAGUGAACCUAUCGUAGCACCAAAAUCUCCUUCAUUUACCUCGUUUCCGCCACCAGGUGGUAGAUCACCAUAUCCUGCUCAGGGUCUUACACGUCAUGGGAGCAUCCCGUCAUUUGGAGCUGGGCUACAAAUGGGUUCUCCUAGCAUGCCACUGCCAGGUUCUCCGUAUCAUAUGGCUGGAUUACCUCAUGGACUACCAUAUGGAGGAGGCAUGCCUUUUGCCGGUCCUAACCUGUCUAUAAACAAUUCAAUGCAAACUCACUGGUCAAACCAAGCCAACCUAUUCGCUACGGAGCACCUUAAUCUACUGCCAAACUUAUUGCAGAAACAGAUAUCGCUUCCGAAUAACCCAAUGUCAUCAUUGCUAUUUUCUCAGCAACAACAGAGAUUAGCACAGCUCCAACCAUCCCAUCAGAAUUACCUAAAUAUACCACCCCACCUAUUCUACCAUCAUCACUCCCCAGAGAUAACAGGCAGGUUUGAUUCUGCUAGCAGUCUUCCUUCGUCAAGAGACAAGAGAUCAAGAUCAGGAAGGGGGAAACACAGUUUACGUUUUUCUCAACCACCAUCUGAUAUUGGUAGUCAAAAUGGUGAUACUGGUGGACUAAAGUUUAGAUCCAAGUACAUGUCAUCUGAAGAGAUCGAGUCUAUAUUAAGAAUGCAGCACUCAGCAAGUCACAGCAGUGAUCCUUAUGUUGUUGAUUAUUACCAUCAAGCUUGCAUGGCCAAAAAGGGUUCCAAUUCUAGGCAAAAGGCCAACUUCUCCCCAACAUCAAUGAAAGACUUGCCGUCCAAGUCCCGGUCAAGCAGUGACCAGCAUGCAUAUCUUCAGGUUGAUGCUCUUGGGAGAGUUUCUUUCUCUUCCAUACGCAGGCCUCCGUCUCUUCUUGAAGUUGACCUUCCUUCAUCAGGUGAGUGUUCUCAUGAUCAGAAGUCUACUGUGAGGCCUCUGGAGAAAGAACCAAUGCUGGCAGCCAAGGUCACUGUUGAAGAUGCCCUUGGUCUUCUUCUUGAGGUGGACGAUACUGACAGGAUGCUGCAGUCUAGUCAGGCACAGGACAACAGUUUCCAACUGAGGCGAAGGCGACAAGUCCUCCUUGAAGGUCUAGCUGCAUCACUUCAGCUUGUUGACCCUCUUGGCCCCAGCAAAUCUGCUCAUUCAUCUUCUUUAGCCCCUAAGGAUGACAUUGUCUUUCUUCGAAUAGUUUCUCUCCCCAAAGGUCGUAAGCUUCUGGCUCGUUACCUCCGACUUCUUGUUCCUGGAAGCGAGUUAACCAGGAUUGUAUGCAUGGCUAUUUUUCGACACCUGAGGUUCUUGUUUGGGGGAUUACCAUCAGAUUCUAGUGCAGCAGACACAACAAUUGCUCUGGCAAAGACUGUUUCGUCUUGUGUUCACCACAUGGAACUCGGUGCUCUUUGUGCUUGCCUUGCUGCAGUUGUUUGUUCCUCUGAACAACCACCUCUCCGCCCUCUUGGCAGCCCUGCUGGUGACGGGGCUUCUCUUAUCAUUAAAUCAGUACUGGAUCGAGCAACUGAGUUACUGACUGAUCAUCAUGCCGUGUCCAGCUAUACUCCGUCGAACCGAGCCCUCUGGCAGGCAUCUUUUGAUGCUUUCUUUGGGCUCCUUACAAAAUAUUGUCUCAGUAAGUACGAAAGCAUUCUGCAGAUGUUUGUCAUGCAGGGAUCAGGUUCUGCAAUUGGAUCCGAAGCCUCCCAAGCAACUAGCAGGGAGAUGCCAGUUGAGCUUCUACGCGCAAGCCUUCAUCAUACAAAUGAACAGCAACGCCAGAUGUUGCUUGAUUUUGCUCAGAGAACCACGCCAGCAACCGGUUUUAAUCCCCCUGGUCCUAGCGGUGGACACAUCACUUCUGAAUCUGUUCCUGGUUGAUAAUAGCUAAAGACCUCGAUGCAGAUUGUCAUCAGAUGGUGAUUCUUAUAUAUGGAGACAUGCAUGCCCCCUUCAUAAGGCGCGAGCUUGGAGAAGUUCCAUGGGCUCGGGACAUUAGCCUUCUUCAGAUUGUGACUUUUAAGUGUAGGUUUCAGAUUAAUCUCAUAGACAAAAAAGAAGAAGAAAGUUUCCCUUUCUGUGGGUCCAUUUAAUAUAGCACCCACCCACCUGUUGAUCACAAUAGACUUAUGGAGAGACAUGUACUUAUAAUGUUGUAAAUCUGUGCAGUGAUGAACUGGUCAGCUCGUUGGGGCAAUCUAGUUUUUAGCAUUUAUGUGCCCCAGUCAAGAAGACCGUAGUGAGCGGUAGUGCUGUUGUACAGGUUCGAUUACUAGGGCCUUCCUGUCUGUUGUUUUUACUGAGAGUGGAAGGUGCCAAGUGUCAGUUGUGUAGCCUGCCUGGUCUGGUCUGUUUUAAUUAGGACCAGAUGUGUUGGAAUAAUGGGUAAGUGCUAUCUUUAGGCUUUUCUGGAAAGAUAUUUUCUUCUAGGUAGCCUUGGAAGACUAUACAUGUGUAUGUCCCAGGUAUCCACUAAUAUUAUAGUGGAGUACUGGAAUUGGAGGUAUACCUUUUCUUUCUGCAUUACCA